AUGCCUCCACCCACAGACUGUCUCAGCUGGCCAGCCCAAACCUUGCAAUGUUACACUUGUCAUGAACCUACCGCUGUUGAUAAGUGCCUGAUGAUCCAGAACUGUACAAAGAACGAAACAAUGUGCAAGACUACUAUGUAUUCCCUGGAGGACGUUUAUCCCUUCAUGGGAGUCUCGACCGUCACCAAGAUGUGCUCUUCCAUCUGCAUCCCAUCUGAUGUGGACGGGAUUGGCAUGACGCGCCCCGUCUCCUGCUGUUACUCUGACUUGUGCAACACUGAUGGCGCAGCUAGUUUGAGGAUCAGCUUUUUGCCAGUUGGGAUGCUAGUGAGUUCCCUUUGUGCCUUCUUCUGGACUAGACUGUGAGGAACUGAUGGGAAGUCUUUCAUGCUGAAGAACCCAAUGAAGAAGAGAAUAAACCCCUGCCAGCCCACCUUUCUGUUUGGAUGCCUCAUAGACAACCCUCAACAGCUCCCAGGAAUCGCUUUUUUAGUACCUGCCCUUUUCCCACGGCCAAGAAAGAAGCAAAACUCAGGAAGUCCUGAUACAAAUUUUUGAAUUGACUCUUCAACAAUUCCCACAAAACUGACUAUGGAGUUUCUUUGCUAUUCUGGUCUGGUUGUUUUUUAACUAAAAAAUAUCUGCUGUAUGAAGUAUAUUUAAAGCAAAAAACCUUGCGCUAAGAGCUUUCCAUACCUCCUUAGAGCAUUCUCUCCCAGGUGUUAGCCAGCAGAAAAGCUGAACUAGCCAGUUUUCUCAGACAAAAUUCAGUCCUCUCCACCCCACGGUUUUGUGCUGGUUCUUUGUGCUGUCUAGAUCUCCUUCUUUGUACACAAGAAAUUAAGAAGACACUUCUUUGUCCAAAAUAUGAGGCAGGAGACUAAACUUCCUGUGCCAGUGAUCUGAUCCAAGGAGGUUAAAAUCUCUAAUUUUCUGUACCCUUUUAAGCAGAAUAAAA